GUGACAGCCGGAUUUAUUUCUACCGUCGGUCCGUCUCUGGUCCUGUCAACUAAAAGCACCGGCGACACUCACCGCCUAGCAAGACAGGUUCCGGUUGACUUUCACGACACAACAACAACCCUCUCACACCUCAGCAAACCUGAUGAAACCAGGGUCUGAACUGUCCGUGUGGGAGGUGAGGGGUUCCCUGACCGCACUGCCAACUAGUUUUCACAGGAGGUCCCAACAACGCGCACUCCUCUGACGCAAACACGUCGCUGUGGCUCAAUACGAUGGCGGACUGCAAUGUCCCCAGACCUGCCCAGGGAGGGACGGAGCAAAGUCACUGAGCCACUCUCACCGGCUCCGUUUAAAAACACUGCCGUCCGACCACCUGUUUAAAAAAAAAAUAAGCGAGGCCGCUGCCAUUGCCGUCCCUCCCUCAGUGAAAUAGUAUGUGGGACGGGAUCUGCUCGGAGUGCGCUGACGGGGACGAGCCAGAAGUGAAGGAGUGAAGAGGAGCGGAGUGCGCCGGGGCUGACGCGCCGCAUGUUGAGCCAGCAAGUUCACUGAAAUAACAAAAGUCGCGUCGACUGGGAAGGGGGACAGCCGCUCUCUGUCUCUCUCACGGAUUUAACGGAGGUUUGAGGGGACACUUGUUCCGGCAAAAAUGAAAUUCGCGGAGCAUCUUUCGUCCCACAUCACUCCAGAGUGGAGGAAACAGUAUCUUCAGUAUGAGGCAUUCAAGGAUAUGCUGUAUGCUGCGCAGGACCAAGCCCCGUCCAUAGAAGUCACGGACGAAGACACUGUGAAGAGAUACUACGCUAAGUUUGAGGAAAGGUUUUUCCAGACCUGCGAGAAGGAACUCCUGAAGAUCAACACAUUCUACUCAGAAAAGCUUGCUGAAGCCCAGAGACGUUCCGCCACACUGCAGAAUGAGCUGCAAUCGUCACUGGACGCUCAGCGCGAGAGCAACGCUCCUCCCGGCUUGCGAAGACGCAAGACGAUGUUCCACCUGUCGCAGGAGGAGCGCUGCAAACACCACAACAUCAAGGACCUGAAGCUAGCCUUCAGCGAGUUCUACCUCAGCCUCAUCCUGCUCCAGAACUACCAGAAUCUGAACUUCACUGGUUUCCGUAAAAUCCUAAAGAAACAUGAUAAGAUCCUGGAUACUCCUCGUGGGGCCGACUGGCGCGUGGCUCACGUGGAGGUGGCACCUUUCUACACCUGCAAGAAGAUCACACAGCUCAUCUCCGAGACAGAGACCAUUGUCACCAACGAGCUGGAGGGAGGAGAUCGUCAGAGGGCCAUGAAGAGGUUGAGAGUUCCUCCUCUGGGGGCAGCUCAGCCUGCUUUGGCCUGGACAACCUUUCGUGUCGGUCUCUACUGUGGCUUCUUUAUCAUUCUCGCCAUUUCCUUCAUUCUCACUGGUGCUGUGUUCAUCUCUCACCACUUUGAGAACAUGUGGCCACUGGUGCGGAUCUAUCGGGGCGGUUUCCUGUUAAUCCAGUUCCUCUUCCUGUUGGGCAUCAACACAUACGGAUGGAGACAGGCCGGAGUCAACCAUGUCCUCAUCUUUGAGAUCAAUCCCAGAAACAACCUCUCACACCAACAUCUGUUUGAGAUCGCUGGUUUCCUGGGUGUGUUGUGGUGUCUCAGCAUCCUCUCCUGUCUCUACUCAGAGUACACCUACAUCCCCAUGCAGAUCAACCCGCUCAUCCUCUAUGGCUUCAUGUUGCUCUUCCUCAUCAACCCCUUCAAGACCUGCUACUACAAAUCACGUUUCUGGCUCCUCAAGCUGCUGUUUCGCGUGUUCACCGCACCGUUUCACCGCGUGGAGUUUGCAGACUUCUGGCUUGCUGAUCAGCUCAACUCGCUGGUGUUUGUCCUGAUGGACCUGGAGUAUCUGAUCUGCUUCUACAUCUUUGAGCUGCAGUGGAGCAACAGCAAGGGCCUGCUGCCCGAAUUUAAAGACCCCAAUGACUACGUAUGCCACAGCUACUCGUACGGCCUGCGCGCCAUCAUCCAGUGUCUGCCCGCCUGGCUGCGCUUCAUCCAAUGCCUGAGGCGUUACCGUGACACUAAGAGGGCCUUCCCUCACCUGGUGAAUGCUGGGAAAUAUUCUACCACCUUCUUUGUCGUUACCUUUGCUGCGCUCUACGCCACACACAGAGAGCAAGGACACACGGACGCCGACAUGUUCUUCUACUUGCUGAUCGUGUUCUCCAGUAUCAGCUCCCUGUACACUCUGAUCUGGGAUCUGCGCAUGGACUGGGGCCUGUUUGACCGUGGAGCCGGAGAAAACACCUUCCUCAGGGAAGAAAUUGUUUACCCGCAGAAGGCCUAUUACUACUGUGCCAUUUUAGAAGAUGUCAUCCUGCGUUUCGCCUGGACCAUCCAGAUCUCUCUGACCACAAUGACCAAGAUCCACUCUGUGGGCGACAUCGUAGCCACUGUGCUGGCUCCCCUUGAGGUGUUCAGGCGUUUCGUGUGGAACUUCUUCCGUCUGGAGAACGAGCACCUGAACAACUGUGGUGAGUUUCGUGCUGUGAGGGAUAUCUCUGUGGCGCCACUCAAUGCGGACGACCAGACGCUGCUGGAGCAGAUGAUGGACCAGGACGACGGCGUCCGGAACCGCUCGGGCAAGAAGACCUGGAAGAGGUCCUAUAGUCUGUCGCUCCGACGCCCCCUACUGUCGUCCUCACAAUCGAAAAAGGACACAAAGGUGCUAAUUGAAGACACGGAUGAUGAAGCUUUCAGCUGAGUCCACAACGUCAGCACGUGCACACACACACAUACACACACACACACACACACACACACACACACACACACACACACUAUACUUAUAAGGACCUCAUUCACUAACACCCAACCUCAAUCUUUCUCCUGUAGUUAUAACUGUAGUAACCUUUUACCUUUAAAGCAGUGAGGACCUCAGGCCGCCCUCACUUGGGACAAUUUACCUCAUCUUUACAUUCAUGUGAGUAUUUUUGGUCUUUAUAAGUAUAGAAAAAACACACACGAUACACACUGUAAUGCAGAAACACAUAAAGAUAAACCUGCUGAAGCACAAACAUAGUGUAAUAUUGCUACAGUUGAGGAGAGAGCUAAUGCCACACAGACACAGAUGGACAGACGUCAAGGGAAAUCUUCUGCACGUAACUGGAAACACAGACCACACUGCCCUGGGAUUAUCCUCUUCUUUUUUUAAAAAGGACUUUUUGUAGUAUGUGUUGUUUAUUUUGAAAUAUUUGUGUUCCUUCAGAUUUUUUUAUUUUCCUGCUUUUAUUUUGGAGGAGCUGCACAUAUCGGCUACAGAUGACUGUUUACACGCCUUUUUAAACUACACUAGGAUCAACAGGGAGAAGACAAGCCAAUCAAAAGACUAAAUAUGAAUCAAUAGAAACCUGAGGAAGGACUCGACACACACACCACAGCAUAUCAAAACAAAUCAACUGGUUUCAACUUGUUGAUACUUUUUAUACUCCAUCUUUUUUUGUUUUGUUUCGGUUGAGUUGUAACAAUCACAGCCCUGGAGGCACUUGCAGGAAAAGUGCAUUUAAUACACAAAACAUGGGGGGGAAAAAUAACUUGUAAAACAAAAAGGGAUGUUUUGAUUCAAACAUUUCUAGUCUGUGAAGUUGCUUUGUAAUAUAUUUCAUAUAUUUUGAUGUGCAUUAUUACUCUAUUGUAGUUGUUAAGUACUUCUACAUGUGUUGUUUAUACUAGUGAGACUAGUUUGAGCAUCCACGCGAUGAUUGUUAAUGUAUUUUAUAAUGUUUGGGAUGUUUUCUCGGUUGUGCCACGUUUUUAAUAAGCUCAUAGUUAGACCCUGAUUUACCCCUAACCUCAAAUUAGUGCAAAUCUGACUUGUGAAUUCUUGUGUCACGUCAUCUUAAAGUGCCCGAUUAGCUCCAGUAUAUGCAUGUGCAUUGCUGUUCUUUGCAUUAACUACCAAAGCUUUAUUUUUAUGAAUGUGUAUGCGGCUACAGUACCUCUGUCCAUCCAACCUGCACAAAGCUUACAAAGGUACGUAUGUUAUGGGGCUGUUUUAUACUGAGAACAGAGUGAUGUGAUUCACCGUGUCAGAUGUUCAGUUGAAUUGUACGUGAAUUAAAAUGCCAGUGGUUCUCAAACUGGGAGCGGGACCAGAGGUGGAGUGUGUUUAAAAUUCAGUGAAGCAUUACAAUAACCAAACAAGAGUGCUCUGAUGCUAAAGAAGCAUUCGAUAUUUAUUCAGACAGUGAAACGAUCUGUCAACUAUGAGCCAGACCGUUGUUGUGUCUGCAUGUAAAAACAAAAUGCAGUUUGUGUAUCGGUGAAAUUCAUUUGGCUUGUUUUGUUGCUAGUUUUCCCAAAAUGAACUUUCACUUUUCAAAGUUGGGCGUGACAGAAGAAGUUUGAGAACCACCUGGUAUGUUGUGACUCACCAGACACGAGACCCCCUGACAAAAGCUCAGAUUGGGUUUUUGUACCCAGUUGGGCUACUUUUUAUAUUCAAACAAAAAGCUCGACCAUAAAAAGUGAACCAGCCUCUUGGUUUCAAAUAAACUUUUAUGAUAAUUAGGCAAGUUUGAAGCUCUGAUUGAGCUCCUGUAUGGCAGUCAGAUAUCUGAAACUCAUUCGGCAUCUAUAACUAAUGGCUUGUUUCACCGCUCCUGACCUGAAUCAGUCAGGUUUCACCACAUUCACCAUUGCCGUCUUUGUCUCUUAUAUUUAAUGUUGCCUCAUUUCUGUUUGCACUUUUUAAAAAGUGAUUUCAAGUGUUGUGACUUGUUAGAUCAAAUUUAAUCUACUGAUCUUUGGUAAUUGGUAAAAAAUUUGCUGUACAUUUGACAUCCACCAUUUUCCUCCUUGGCUUAUUUUCAUGCCCCCAGCUCAAACUUAAACAGCUGCUGGUUAUAAUUUCACCACGUGUUGCUGCUGCUGUUAAAGGGCCCCCCUGGCUUUCUGAGAAAGGAAGUUCGCUGGUGUGUGUUUCAUUUUCUCUUCCUGUUUGAACCCCUUCGCUCUACUCUCUGCUCUGCUGUUCCUCCCUGCGGCUAUACACUGCAUCACCACCAGCUAGUCAUAAGACAAAUCCAGGAAAGCUACAAAACAAACGCGUUACAGAAAGUCCUGUUUCUUCUACUUCUGUUUUUCCCGUAGUGGCUAAAAGACUGAAAAGCUUCUGUGUGCAAUGAGGUUAAUGUGAACUGGAAGGUAGAAAGUUAAGUGUUGUACCUUUAAAAUGUAGAAGAUGGGUAGCUUCCCUAUCCAUUUAAAUACACUGGACACGUGUGUAUACAAGCAUAAAACAUGACAGACACACACACACAUUUCCUCUCUCUCUCUCUCAUGUCGGAGAGCACAAUACUACAGCAGAUAGUUUUGUAAAAAGGCUCUGUUGUCUUGCCUGCAUGCUGCUUUUGUUCUACAUUGUACAUAGAUCUUAAUUUAUUCAACAUGAUGUGUAUAUUUGCAAUCAUUGUAGCCACUGUGACAAUGAUUGAUUUCAUAUUUCGCCAUUUUUGCUCCGAGACAAGCAGUAUUUUCUAGGCGAUGAGGAGCGUUUUUUUGAUUGGUCACAAUCCUGCACUCUUUUUCAUGUGUAAAUCUGUUGACAAUGUGUUUGUAUAAAAAAAGAAAUAGAAGAAAAAUCCAUAGAAGUGGAGAAUGUGAUUGGUUGUAUCUUGUUGAUUCCUUCUUUUUUCAAGGCUUUUGAAAUCUCCAGGGGUUUACGUCCAGGAGGAGGAGGAGGAGGAGAUGGGUGGGAGGGGGAUUUAAAAAAACAAAACAGGGGUCAGAUUUCUGUGUCCUGAAGCUGUAAUACUGUUUGUACAUUUGUGAAAGUGCAUGAAGAUAUCGUGGACGUUACAUCUGUUGUUGUUAACCGCCCUGCUGACAGAAGCACUUUGGCAUACUGUACAGGAACAGACCCCGGUCCACAGAGGACACACACCAUAACAAGAUACUGUUAAACCGAUCCCAGAUCUGCCUCACAAACAGAUCUUGGAUCCCCUUUAUUUCUCACUCACUGGAAGCAUUUGUUAAUGUGAGAAAAACAAAUGUUGUAGUGGUCAGUGUCUGUUCAGUAUGUGUUACCCACUGACGAAAAACAAAAACAGGGUUCUUUUGUACAGUUUGUGUUUGAUGAGAUGACGGUGAUAGGCCCUGACAUCCCAUUUUUCUCAUGGGUAAACAUUUUGUUUUCACUGCUUGCUGAUGUUAAAGUGCUUGAUAUGUGUGCAUCCCUCCCCUCCUUCCCUCUCGAUGUUGUUCGUGCCCUCUCUCUAAUCUAGCUAAAUGUGAUAGUAUCUGUAGUUUGGUAGAUGAAUGUUCUAAUUUGAUAAGAUGCAAAAUAAUAAUAAUAGAAUAAAUACGUUGUGGCUAAAUGUGAUUUUAAGAGACAUAAAGAAGGAAAAUGUCUUAGAGUCUGAACCAUCCUUCCCCCUGAGUCCCUUUUACAGAGUAGUUUGUACAUGUCGAGUGUAUAACACUGUUCUAUGAUGGUUUUCCUGAUGGUAUUUGUAUUUCUGUAAACACUUUGGUGAUCCUGUCAUAUCUGGGUUUUAUAAACCACGAUUAUUUUUAAAACUC